AUGACGGCCGAAACCAAAUCCGUCGACGCCCUGACCGAAGCCGAAGCGGCGGCCGAACUGGCACGGCUGGCGGGUGAGAUCGCGCGGCACGAUGUCGCCUAUCAUGGCGAGGAUGCGCCGUUCAUUUCGGACGCAGACUAUGAUGCGCUCAAGCAGCGCAACACGGCGAUCGAAGCCCGGUUUCCGCACCUCAAGCGUGCCGACAGCCCGAGCGAACAGGUCGGCGCGGCGGUGUCGGAGAAGUUCGAGAAGAUCGCCCACCGCGUGCCGAUGCUGUCGCUGGACAAUGCGUUUUCCGAUCAGGACGUCCACGACUUCGCUGCGCGGGUGCGGCGCUUCCUGAAAAUGGGCGAGGACACGCCGCUGGCGCUGACCGCCGAGCCGAAGAUCGACGGUCUGUCGCUGUCGCUGCGCUAUGAGGAUGGCCGGCUCGCCUAUGCGGCGACGCGCGGCAAUGGCGCGGUCGGCGAGAACGUGACCGCCAAUGCGCGCACCAUCGCCGACAUUCCCGAAACGCUCGCCGGCGACCCGCCAGCGGUGUUCGAGGUGCGGGGCGAAGUCUAUCUGACCAAGGACGAUUUCGCCGAACUGAACCGCCGGCAGGAGGAGGCGGGCAAGCCGGUCUAUGUGAACCCGCGCAACACGGCGGCCGGCUCGCUGCGCCAGCUCGACGCGUCGAUCACCGCGUCCCGCCCGCUGAAAUUCUUCGCCUAUGCGUGGGGCGAAGUCAGCGCCAUGCCGUCGGACACGCAGAUGGGCAUGGUGGAAAAGUUCGACGAAUACGGCUUCGUCACCAAUCCGCUGAUGGGCGUGUUCGACGAUGUCGAGGCGCUGCUCGCCCACUACCGGCGGGUCGAGCUGGAGCGGGGCGAACUGCCCUAUGACAUCGACGGCGUGGUCUACAAGGUCAACGAUCUGGCGCUGCAGCAAAGGCUCGGUUUCGUCUCGCGCUCGCCGCGUUGGGCGAUCGCGCACAAGUUUCCCGCCGAAAAGGCGAUGACGGUGCUGAACGCCAUCGACAUCCAGGUCGGACGCACGGGGGCGCUGACGCCGGUGGCGCGGCUCGAACCGGUGACCGUCGGCGGUGUGGUGGUCGAAAACGCGACGCUCCACAAUGCCGAGGAGAUCGCCCGGCUCGGAAUCAAGAUCGGCGACACCGUCAUCGUUCAACGCGCUGGCGACGUGAUCCCGCAGAUCCUCGGGUUCGUGCCGGAGAAGCGGCCGGCCGAUGCCGCCGAUUUCGCCUUUCCCGAGACAUGUCCGUGUCCGCUCAAGACGCCGAUCGUGCGCGAGGCGACGGCCGGCGGCAGCGAGGGGGUCGUGCGGCGCUGUUCGGGCGAGUUUGCCUGUCCGUUCCAGCGCAAGGAGCAUCUCAAGCUCUUUGUCUCCCGCAAGGCGUUCGACAUUGACGGCCUCGGCGACAAGCAGAUCGACUAUUUCCACGAUCUGCCCGAGGACGACCCGCUGCGCAUCCGCGCGCCGGCGGACAUCUUCACGCUCAGGGCGCGCGACGAUGCCGCCGAACUGACCGCGCUGAAGAACCGCGACGGCUAUGGCGAGGUCUCGGCCAGGAACCUGUUCGACGCGAUCGAGGCGCGGCGGACGAUCCCGCUCGAACGGCUGAUCUUCGGCCUCGGCAUCCGCCAUGUCGGCGAGACGACGGCGCGGACGCUGGCGCGCGCCUAUGGAUCAUGGGCCGAGUUCGAUGCGGCCGCACGCAGGAUCGCGGCGGGCGAUGAAGGCGCGCGCGAGGACAUGGAUGCCAUCGAGGAUAUUGGCGGCGCGGUGGUCGAUGCGGUGGCGCGCUAUUUCGGCGAGGACCACAAUCUCCAGAUGGUCGGGGAUCUUGUCGGCCAGCUCACUGUCGAGGACGCCGAGCGGCCCGCCACGGAAAGCCCGUUCGCCGGCAAGACCAUCGUCUUUACGGGAUCGCUCGAACGGAUGAGCCGCGACGAGGCCAAGGCGAUGGCCGACAGGCUGGGCGCCAAGGCGUCCGGCUCGGUUUCGUCCAAGACCGAUCUGGUCGUGGCCGGGCCGGGUGCCGGCUCCAAGCUGAAAAAGGCGACGGAACUGGGCAUUGAGGUGAUCGACGAGGACGAGUGGUUCAACCGCACUGAAGGGCUGUGA